UUUCACCGGCCGAUCGGUCGGUUGUCCAGCAUGCACCGGCGGCAGCUAGCUUCCACAGCGGCGGGCCGGCCCCAUCGCUGCCAACAAACGCAUGCAUGCAAUGGAACCCAUGCCAACCGCAGCGCGCAUUCCAGUUCCAGUCCUGCCGACGACUCGAUGCCAAACUAGCUCUAAUCACUAGCAGAGCAGGAGGAUAUAUAUAUUCCGUCCUCGCUUUCUCUCACUGGUGUGCCUAUCAUGCCAAAGACGACGACGAUCCAUUGGAAGGGCUGUAUGCGUUCCAUUGGCCAUGUCCUCGCCAUCCAUGUGGUUAAACCAAACUCUAGUUGCAUGGUGUGUUGAGUUGGAGCUAAUAUGACAAUGAGCUCUAAAUUUUACUUUAAAAAUGUAAGGAUUAGAUUAAAUUAGGAUCAGACACUCUAUAUAUCUAUUUAUUUUUAAACUAAACAUAAUUUAGGACCUUAAUAAAUUGUAAAAAACAUUUGGAUCACGAUCCGUUACCGGUCCUAGUUGAAGCACAAGCACCUAUAUAUAUAUAUAUAUAUAUAUAUAUAUAUAUAUAUAUAUAUAUGUGUGUGUGUGUGUGUGUGUCUUAUUUCCAUGUGCGUCGGCGACGCCCACUAUGGUCCUCCCCAGGCCGACCGGCCAAUGAGGUCGCGUUAUUCCCCUCCGCGGCCGGGCCGCGAGAAGGCAUAAGCCAUGUUUGUCUUGUCACGGCACGGCUGGCGCCUUUUAUUACAGCAGAAGCAGCAGCAGCAGCAGAUGGCCUGAAACCGACCAGAAGCACCACCACCACCAGAGUGACAUGCCAUUGUUAUCCCUCCCUGCGUGCUGCGGCUACGACGCCAUGUUCAGAGCUGGCCUGAAACCGACCACCAGCAGCAGCAGAUGCAGGAGCAGCAGGCUCAUCCGCAGCCACGGCGGGGCUCCAGACCAUGCACCGCCCUUCACCCAGCCAAACUCCGUCAAGGUGCCACCGUCUCCUGGACUGAAGAAGCAGGCCCUCAGCGUACAGGACAUGUCUCGAGCUCUCAAGUCGCUCUCUUCAGAUCUCCUCCAACGGUUCGUCGACAGAGCCUACAGCUUCUCCGAGGAGCCUUCUCUGAACGAGGGGAAUUUCCGGCCUGUCGACGAAACCGACGAGGCAGUUUCACUUUCACUCAGCAGUCUCGACGGAGAGGAGGUCGUCCCGGCAGAUUUUCCUGAGGGUGUCUACAUCAGAAACGGUCCGAACCCUCUCAACCCAACACAGACGGUCGCGGGCUCCGUGUUCGGCUCGACGUCGUACACGUACUACGAAGGCCAUGGGAUGCUACACGCCGUGUACUUUAGCAGGAGCGGCGGCGCAGGAGGAUGGGAGGUAUCGUACAGGAACAAGUACGUGGGCUCGGACACCUUGCAGCUGGAGAGGAGGAAGAAGGACGACGGCGUGGCCUUCGUGCCGUCUGUUGAUGGACAGCCCUACGCAACGCUGGCUGCAUUUGCUCUCAAUAUCUUGAGAUUUGGAAAAGCUGUCAAGGACAGCGCAAAUACAAACAUAUUCGAGCACGCGGGAAGAGCUUUUGCUGUCACCGAGAACCAUCUGCCUUACGAGAUCAACAUCAGUAAUCUCAGUACACUGGGACCCUACAGCGUCAAUGGAGCUUGGAACCAACCUUUCACUAGUCACCCCAAGAAAAUUCAAGGGAGUGGAGAACUGGUGAUGAUGGGGACAAAUACUGAAAAGCCUUACUACGUGCUUGGAGUAAUUUCAUCUGACGGCGAGAGGCUUGUCCAUAAGGUUGAUCUCAAAUUUGAGGAAGGGAAACUCAUCCAUGACAUUGGAGUAACUAAAAGGUACAAUAUUAUAAUGGACCAUCCUCUCAAAUUCGGCAUAUCCAGGGUGUUCUUAAAAAAGCCACUUAUCGAAAAUGAUAUGGAUGGGAAAUCACGGUUCGGGGUAAUGCCUCGUUUUGGCGAUGCCGAGUCCAUCAUAUGGUUCGAUGUCAAGAACCACUGCAGCUACCAUUUGUUUAACUGCUUUGAGGAUGGAAAUGAGGUUGUCAUCAGAGGCUGUCGACUGCUUGGUUCUAUUCUCCCUAGUGGACGUCAUAGAGCUGACAAAUCAAAAUGGUAUGGAAGAGCAUUUCUCCAGCCAGACAAGGAUUCAGAAGAUUUUGACCCUUCACUGGAUGGCAUCCUCUUUUCUCGCCCUUAUGAGUGGCGGUUAAAUUUAGAAAACCAUAGUGUAUAUGAAGGUUACAUUACUAGUGAGAAAGUCGCAAUGGAUUUCCCUGUCAUCAAUGACAAAUUUAUGGGGAUUCAAAACAAGUAUGGAUAUGCUCAGGUUGCUGACUCGUUGGAAACCAGUAAAACAGGCUUGUUUAAGUUCAAUAUGAUAGCAAAGCUACACUUUGACACGCCGGAUAAGGAAAACGAACAAUUGAUCUUUGUGGAAUACCACACUUUGCAAGAGCAACAGUUCUGCUCUGGAGUUCAGUUUGUUGUGAAAGAAAACGGAAUCGACGAAGAUGAUGGAUGGCUAGUCACUUAUGUCCAUGACGAAAGAACAAACAUCUCUCAGGUUUAUAUUAUUGAUGCUAAGAGAUUUUCAGAGGAGCCAGUAGCAAAAAUUACUUUGCCUCAAAGAGUUCCAUAUGGUUUCCAUGGGAACUUUUUCUACACAAGUAAUCAGAGAUGAUGCAAUAUUUAAGCUGGUGUAUGAAUUGUAAGAAGCCGCCACAUUGUUUGAAUAAAAUAUUUUAUUUUAUGAUA